CAGUCGAUAGUACGCCAGCUUGAUCAAAGCUUCCAGCCGUAGCGGUCAACGGACGAAUCCGUGUCGCCUCUCCGUAAGGUAUUACAUAAUCAGCCCAUCAAUAAAUCCAUUUCAAGAGCUAUAUUCCACCAAAAAGCAAAUAGAGAAUGCCAUGUACACAUGCGUUUGUUUUAACACGCAUAUUCAGUCGUCAUAAAUAAUUGCAGGCCCGUUUCCCGAUGCAGUGAUCUUGCGAUUUGGAUUGAACUAGGGACUGACGAUUCAUCUUUUUUUUCUUCAGUAGAAUGUUCUUGAAACAAUGUUUAAAUCUUCGCAUUUCCGUCCUUUUUUGUGAAUUGGAUACUUAACUUUCGUGAAAAAUUGCAAGCAGUUAUUUAUUUACAAUCAUUGUUCGCCAACGUAAACAAUUUAGAAAGAUACAUUUCACCAUUUCGUCUUGGAAAGUUAAGAAGAAUGACGCAUAUUCUCCAUACAAGAACGAUGGCAGUAAUUCAUCUCAAAUGAUUUAUCUCUCGGACUUCAACAACUUAAGGAGAAUCUUAAUUUAAGGACCUGAUUUCGUUGACUUGGAAUAGUUGGGGUUAAGAGACUGGGGGUCUGUAUGGGUCUUGAGACGCACGGCUCGGCGGCCGCGGCGGGGACGGUUCAGGAAACGAUGAGUCAACUGGAUUCCAAGUCCAUAGAUACACCAUGUACACCGGAGAGCAAAUUUGAGAAAUGUAUUGGUUGUUCCAAACCUAUAGUUGAUCGGUUCUUACUGAAGAUUGGGCGUGGUCUUAGCUGGCAUUCAUCGUGUCUUCGAUGCCUGGAAUGUGAGGAGAGUCUGAGUUCACAUCAGAGCUGUUACUUCAAGGACCAGAAUGUAUUCUGCAGGAGAUGCUAUUCCAGAGAGUUCGGCACCAAGUGCGCCCGAUGCCUUCGGAGCAUCGAUUCAAGCGACUGGGUUCGGAGGGCGAGGGAGCACGUCUACCAUCUUGCUUGCUUUGCUUGCGACAACUGCAAGAGACAACUCUCAACGGGGGAAGAGUUUGCCAUGAUUGAGAAUAGGGUGUUGUGCAAGUCGCAUUAUCUCGAGUUGGUGGAAGCAACAUGCCGCAGCAACGGAGACGGAAGCGGUUCGGAGUAUGGAGGUGAAGGAAGCGGUAGCGAACGUCCACAGCAAAAGACCAAGCGAAUCCGAACAACUUUCACCGAGGACCAACUCGAAGUCCUGCAAGCGAACUUCAACGUGGAUAGCAAUCCAGAUGGGCAGGACCUCGAACGUAUCGCCCAGAUCACCGGGCUGAGUAAGCGUGUCACACAGGUCUGGUUUCAAAACUCACGGGCACGGCAGAAGAAACACAGCACACCGCACGGGAUGGAGACCGCCGCGACAGGCGGGAAGUGUACGCCCGGAGGGAUGGGGAGCGGUGGCGGCACAGGUGGAGGUGGUGGUGAUGGUGUUGGACUGACCGGAUCGGACGGGUACAACGGGAGGAGUGGUGGAGGUCUGUCACUCGCCGUGAGGAAAUCAUCCCCUUUGCAGCCAAAAUUUGUGGAUAUGUUGGAAUCCUGCGGGAAAUGUGGAAUGAUCUACUGCCUCUGUGAGAAACUCGCCAUCUCUUCCUCAUCAUGACAUAAUCACGUGACACGAUCACCUGAUGCAAUCACCUGAUACAAUCACAUAUCACCUGCAAGAAAGCACACAAAACCAAAGACUAUAUUUAACCUUAUGUGGAGGAGAUGGGAGAAAGUUUUAGCUUCGAAAAUUGUGGAGAAAUUCUAAUAAAAAUUGAAAAUAUCCAAAGCAAAGGACAUUCUGCAUAAUUCUCCAGGAAACAGUAUUAUAUACUUGUCAUCAUUUUUCCUGUUGAUCAAAUCAGAAGGGAGAGGGAGGGGGGUUGGGUAGACGGAAAGGGUUUUACUGGUGAUAGGUAUAUAGUGUCACUAUGAUAAUGUAUCAUGUUUAAUUUAUGUUUUAAUGGAAGUUUCAGUGCAAUAUUAAAGUUUGUAGGUAAAUGUUGUUGACAUACAGUAUUUUUCUGCCAUAGCCUUCAAAUCUUUAUCGUAUACAAUUUUUGUUUUCCAAAUGUGAUCUAUUCUUGUGAAGUUUGUUUUUAAGAUUAUAUGAUUCACUGGGAAAUUAGAAUUCAUUAAACAUAGGCACAAUAAAAAAGUUCUCUCUUCAUUUCCUUUUGUUGCAAAAACAUGAAUCUGUUGUCACCCACGCACAAUAAGCUUGUUACGUACAGAAAAUGAUUUUAUUUAUAGAAAAAACAUUCUUUUCAUAAUCUUUGAGAUAAAGGGAGGUGAUCUAGAGAGGGAUGGAGGGGGUAUAGAAAAUAAUGUAAAGGUGAGAAAGAGGGUGAUAAUAAAGAGAUGGAAACAUGGUUUACGCAAAAGAAAAUUUUCAAGAUUAAUUUCUUAAUCUAAGUUAUGGUAAAUUUGAUAUAGGGGCGGAGAAAGAGUUAUGCCGAGAUAGCCUGCGCCUGUAUGGGCGUCAGCAUUAUUCUCAUUAUCAAGUAAAAAUGAUAUGAAUUAUAUUAGAAUAUUAUUUUAUUCAGUAGUUUUAUACAAUCUAGUUCGACAGUGGACGAGAACCUAGUCAUUCUGACCAGAUUGUGGUAUCAUUUUCGACGAGAGUCAUACCAAUCAGUCGAUGACCUGUGAUUUUAGAUUCUGUUCGCAUCUAGUCGUGCAUCGAAACUAAAGUACAUUCACUGGUACGAUCCCAAAGUGCGAUGGCGCCAAAAAUACAUUUUGCAUUGGUUUUCAAACGUUGGGUGUGUUAAACGAACGAAUAAAUCUAUACAAAACGAUCGCUUAAAAAUUUUGAUAUAGCAGGACAAGGCCAAUUUCCGUUUAAAUAUUGGUUAAAACAAAGUCAAUCGAUGAGUUUUUAAAAGUACGUUAUGGGGUCAUGCGAAGUAACGAACAGCUGUUGUCAGUUUUGGCCUGUGCGCAGGUGGUCUGCGCAACAUUACGUAACCUCAUCCCGGAUUCAUAUUUUGUUUCUUCGUCUAUGUUUUUUGUAUUGAUUCUUCAGUGAUGUGUAAAAUUUAUUUUCAUUUACUAAUCAAUGAAAGGUUGUUUCACUUUCCGCAAAACAACUAUUUGCGACUAUUGUUUAAUCAUAAAUGAGAUUGGUCAAUACGUCUGGCCUGAUAUAUUGUAUGACCCAUUUUGAUAAUCAUCAUUAUUACAAAAACAAAAAUAUUGGAUUAAACGUACCAGAGAAAAAAAUUGUUGACUUUAACCAUUCGGAUUUGGCCACAAUAUACUUGGGUUAUUUUGAAAAAUGUUAUUUCUAAAUGUUGAAAUUGCUUUUUUUUUUACUAACAAAGAUCAUUAUUUGAAGGCACUUUUAGCUAAUUCGAUUUCCAUAAAAUAUUACCAUCACCUAUAUACAAUUUGAUAAAGACGUUUUUAUACUUUUAAUAUUUUAAAAGUCUUGUUUGGUAUAAUUGCACUUUUCGGAGAAAAGUAUAUUGCUGAUAAUUAUGAUUGCUUAUUUGCUGUUGAAAAUUAGCCUGUAUACUGUGCACAACUCUUAACGCAUCAUAGUGAUUAUUUACGAUGUAAUUUUACUUGCUUAGUUAGGAUCAUAAAUUGUGUUGUCAUUUCAUAUAGUUAUCACGUUGGUCGAGACUUGAAUUUAAGAACUAAGGUUUGUAAACAAGAAUGUUCAACAAUUCAAGCGAAUUUAAAAUGUACUUAAAACAGCAGUUUGCAAAGUAUUACUUUGAAAACUUUUUUGUCGUGAAAAUAUGAUCCCAAGUAAUUUUAAUAUUCAUCCUCCUUUUACGAAAGCCAUUUUGAUUUAUCUGAAUCGCGUUUCAUAAAUACUUGUUAUAAUAACAAAUGCUCAAUAUCUAUAACAAAUUUACCAUCAGCCAAUCAGAUAAAAGGAUUUCAGUUGCUUUUAACUGUCAUUGUAAAUGUGUUAUCAUAACAACUUUUAUGAAACGGACCCCUGUUCUUUGUGAUGUAUUGUGUUAUUGAAAGUGAAAUUAUAUUUAAAUCUACGAACUUUGUUACAAGAGGCAUGAUUAAAUGUUCGAAACAAUAUCAUGAAAAUCCAGUCAA